AUGCUCACACCCAACUCUACAAUCGCAACCAUGUCCUCAUGGGGCAAGGGGCCCUUUGGGCCUCUCAACCCUGUCCACGAACACAUCAUGCGGAACGCUGAGGACAUCCAACCCGCGGCCUUGGUUUGGUGGGCGGUGGGGACGGCCCCACUGGUGGGGCAGGCUUGGUUCAUCCUCGCUCCCAACACUCGUCCCGUACGCGCUGCUCUUGCCGCUGCGGGCGUAUCUCUCUUGACCCACGCGUUCAUGUCAUACCGCUUCCUCGACCCGCAUAAGAACCUUAUGAACAACUUCUUUGGCUUUGUCUGGCUCUACAUCAUCAUCAAGUACGUCGAAUGGGGCAUGCUCGAGGGCCCCAUCGUCGACCCGUGGAUGAAGAAGGGCCGGUCACGGCCCAUGGCAGCCAUCGACCUGCUGUUCAACGUCCGCAACGUCUACCUCGGCAGCAUUGGUCUUGACAAUGGCAUGGGCCCGCCCAAUGCGACCGUCAAGGACAUUGUCGUCGCUUCCCACCUCCCACGCCCCUGGCGACCGCUCCCCAGGUGGCUCACCAUCCUACGCCACCUGUACGCCUUUGGCUGGCGCAUCCUUGGGGCUGACGUCAUUUACGCCAUGAUUGAGCGAGUCGGCAAGGACACCAUCUGCUAUCCCGGUGGCAUGCCUGGUGGUGGGGCGGUGGACUCGUUUGUCACACACACUGCAGUGACAAUGUUCCCCGGGACCCAGAUCCAGUACGAACUCCCGUCCCUGUUGCUCACUGCGCUCGUGUGCCUCGUGGUUCCCGCCGUGAUCUGGCUCCAGCUGGGAUGGAUCUACCACCUCUUGGCAGCUGUUUGUGUCUCGAGCGGUCUAUGGGAGGUCUCCUCGUGGGACGUGCCCAUCUUCGACUCACCACUGCGUCUCGACUCGAUCAUGGCGUUCUGGGGGCGCAGGUGGCACGGCGUGGUCCGCCACGAGUUCACCAUCCUCAGCGUCAUCCUCGAGCGCAUGCUCUUCAUCCCGGCUCACUCCCUUCUCAGGGUGACACUCGUCUACCUCAUCUCUGCAGCCUUCCACAUCGUCGGCCAGCUGAGCAUGGACCCCGUCCCAGACCCGACCGGUAUCGCAAUGAUCUUCAUUCUCUCGGCAGUCGGGUGCGGCCUGGAACUGUCAUGGAAGAGGGUCACUGGCCAGCGCGUCGAGGGCUUCCUCGGCCGUCUGUGGGUCUACCCAUACAUGAUCUGGGCGGUGCGCGCUGCCACCGAUGGCUGGAUCGACGCAGGAUUCCUGGCGGGCCCACCGUUCGGGAUGGGGAGGGUCGUCAACGACUGGCUGACGACCUGGAUGUAUCACGACCACGCCCGCUCCAUUUAA